ACCAUAACCAUAACCAUAAACCCCAUAUGGACCCGGAGGGUGGGAGGGAGGAGAGUUCAUCCUCAUCGCCGUCGGCGUCAAUUUAAUUACCUUUACUAGUCCUUCCUUCUCUACUCAUAUUCUUCCCCACGACUCUACUAUACUGUGCGCCUGCCUGCCUGCGUGUGCCUUGUUUCCACGAUAUAAUCACUCGAUCGAUCAUGUUUAUUCUUUGAUUUGAUUAGAUUAGAUCAGAUCAGAUCAGAUCAGAUUAAACCAACCCGACCCAAUCCAACCCAAGCUAGAAUCAAGCCUAACUGCGUGACUGGCCGGCCUCGUAGUUUUGGUUGUUGGAAUUUGUAGCUGUAGCGAAGCCUUUGCUGUGAUAUCGCCGUGAUCAGUCAGUCAGUCAGUCAGCCAUUGCAUUGGGGGGCAGUCAAAUUCACAGCGUCUGCGUUUCUCAUACAAACUCCAUUUCUGAUAAUCUUUGCAGGGUAAGCCAUGACGACGACGACGAAUAAGAAGACCUCCUCCUCAGCCUCGGCCGCAGAUGAUGUUAUGAUGGAGAUCGAGGCCAGCAAGCCGCAGGGGCACGGGCUGGUGGUGGGGGGGCUGAGCCCCCUGAGCGAGAGCCUGUGGAAGGAGAAGACCAACACGGAGUUCAUGGGGGACGUGUCGGCGAGGCUGACCUGGAAGGAUCUGACGGUGAUGGUCACUCUGAGCAACGGGGACACUCAGAAUGUCCUGGAGAAGCUCUCUGGGUACGCGGAGCCAGGAUCCUUCACGGCGCUCAUGGGCCCUUCCGGAUCCGGCAAGUCCACUCUGCUCGACGCCCUCUCGGGCCGUCUGGCGGCCAACGCCUUCCUCUCCGGGACCAUUCUCCUCAACGGCCGCAAGACCAAGCUCUCCUUCGGCACUGCUGCAUAUGUAACUCAAGACGACAACCUGAUCGGCACCCUGACCGUUCGCGAGACAAUAUCGUACUCAGCUCGACUGCGCCUUCCCGACGGGAUGCCAUGGUCAGACAAACGCGCGCUGAUAGAGAGCACGAUUGUGGAGAUGGGGCUCCAGGACUGCGCGGACACGGUGAUCGGGAAUUGGCACCUGCGCGGCAUCAGCGGCGGAGAGAGAAGAAGGGUUAGCAUCGCGCUCGAAAUCCUGAUGCGCCCCAGGUUGCUUUUCCUGGAUGAGCCAACCAGCGGCCUGGACAGUGCAUCGGCAUUCUUUGUGACCCAGACAUUACGCGGGCUUUCGAGAGAUGGGCGGACAGUCAUAGCCUCCAUUCACCAGCCUAGCAGUGAAGUUUUCGAGCUGUUUGACCGCCUGUACUUGCUGUCCGGUGGAAAAACUGUCUACUUCGGUCAAGCCUCGGAAGCCUACGAGUUUUUCGCACAAGCUGGCUUCCCUUGCCCCGCUCUGAGAAAUCCCUCCGACCAUUUCCUCCGGUGCAUCAACUCCGAUUUUGACAAGGUGAAAGCAACUCUAAAAGGAUCUAUGAAGAUUCGGUUCGAGACAAACGAUGAUCCUCUUGAAAAGAUAACCACAGCAGAAGCAAUUCGGACGCUUGUAGACUCUUAUCGCACAUCUCAGUAUUGUUAUUCGGCCAAGGAAAAGAUUGAGGAGAUGUCCAAAAUUAAAGGGACUGUGCUAGAUUCUGGGGGGAGUCAGGCUAGUUUCUUCAUGCAGGCUUUCACAUUAACUACACGCUCCUUUGUGAACAUGUCGAGGGACUUCGGGUAUUACUGGCUGAGGCUAGUCAUCUACAUUGUUGUCACUAUCUGCAUUGGCACCAUUUACUUGAAUGUGGGAACCGGCUACAACUCAAUCCUGGCAAGGGGGGCGUGCGCAUCUUUCGUUUUUGGCUUUGUAACCUUCAUGUCCAUCGGUGGGUUCCCAUCCUUCGUAGAAGAUAUGAAGGUGUUCCAGAGGGAGAGGCUGAACGGGCACUACGGCGUGAGCGCAUUCGUGAUCAGCAACACCUUGUCGGCGAUGCCGUUCCUGAUACUGAUCACGUUCCUGUCCGGGACGGUGUGCUACUUCAUGGUCCGCCUCCACCCGGGCCUCUCCCACUACCUCUUCUUCGUGCUCUGCCUCUACGCCAGCGUCACCGUCGUCGAGAGCCUCAUGAUGGCUAUUGCCAGCGUCGUCCCCAAUUUCCUCAUGGGUAUCAUCAUUGGGGCUGGCAUUCAGGGCAUCUUCAUGCUCGUCUCUGGUUACUUCCGACUUCCAAAUGACAUCCCCAAGCCCGUCUGGCGUUACCCCAUGUCUUACAUCAGUUUCCAUUUCUGGGCGCUGCAGGGGCAGUACCAGAACGAUCUGAAAGGGCUGAUCUUCGACAACCAGUCGUCCGAUCUCCCCAAGAUCCCGGGAGAGUACAUACUGGAGAAUGUGUUCCAGAUCGACGUGAGGCGCUCGAAAUGGAUCGACCUGAGCGUGCUGUUCAGCAUGAUCGUUGUCUACCGCAUCAUCUUCUUCAUCAUGAUCAAAGUCAACGAGGACGUCACCCCCUGGGUCCGCGGCUACAUCGCGAGGAGAAGAAUACAGCAUAAGAAUGCGAGCCAGAAUACCACUGUGGCACCCUUUGCUCUUACCCACUCACCUUCCCUCAGAACCUAUGUCGUCCAAAACAAUCAUCGUCGACGAGUCGAGGAGGAGAAGGAGGAGGAUUAACUCAACUGCCACGGCCCCUGCCCUGCCCAGCCCGGCCUGCUGCAGCUGCUACUUAAUUAAUUUCCUUCCGCCGGCCGGCCGGGAACUAAUAACACUAUCUACUACUACUGCUACUGCUACUGCUACUAGCUAGCUAGUUCCGGCAUGCGUGUUUCAUGUUGAUCACCAGCGGGUAACAACAAUUCAUUGUGUUACUUACAUCUUCCGCAGAACCAAGUCCUACUGUAAAGACAACUACUAAACAAACCAAAACAUGUUGGUUUAUGCAUGUAAGAGAGAGAGAGAGAGAGAGAGAGAGAGAGAGAUAAGGGGAUCUUGUUCCCUUGGACGUACGUACGUUACUAUAUUGAUGUCACCAACCAGUUCCUUAUAUUUUUGUCAUAUAAGUGUCUGUUUGUUGAUCGAUCGAAAGCAAUUAUUCAUUAAUUCUAGCUUA